AUGGACUCCGAAUCCGUCAAGAGGGCGCUCCAGAAGCAGGUCCUUCAGGAGGCCAACAUGGCCAAUGCCCGUGUUCUCAUCGAGAAACUCCAGGAGAACUGCUUUGAGAAGUGCGUCCCCAAGCCCGGUACCUCGCUGUCCAGCGGCGAGACGACAUGCAUGACGUCGUGCAUGGAGAAGUACAUGUCGGCAUGGAACCAGGUCAACACGGCCUAUAUCGCCAGGAUACGCCAAGAGUCUGGCAACCAGGCUCUAUCUUCGUAA